AGAAAGUUUGAUCAUCGUUCGAGGAUCGUGGUUAUCGUUCACAUCGGCAUAAUUGUAGCAGUAGCUCGCCAUUCAUGCUGUUCUUUGUGAAGACGACCGCAAGCCGCUUUAAUAGAACAAGAGUCGAACGAUGAAACAAAAGUUUUCGCCGCCAGAGUGACGAGAGAAAAUGGUGACAAGGAGAAAAUUUGACAUCUCCAGGUCACUUCAGAUCCAAGUAUUGAGUUUGAGAGGAUAGGAUAAUUUGUGAUUUAGUCUCAUCAUUUGAUGUGAUUGUGAUUAUCACAGAAACAGUAGAAAGUGCCGCUGCAUUAAAUACGAUUUGUCCUCUAGGGUGUCUUCGAAUUUGGAUGUGGAAGAGAGACACUUCUUUGUUAAGUAAUUUGUCACAACGACAAGUGACUAACAACAACAAGUAGCCAUGCUGCUGCAUAUUAAAAAUAUGAUCUUCGCAGCGGCUGCGCCUGCGGCAGGGGUAACGUCCAUGAUGCGUCGUCUCGUUUCGCGCUUCGAGCAAAGUACCGAAAAUAUCAUCAUCGACGGAUUUAAGUCAUACCUUGAAGCCGCAAAGAAGAAGGAAUGUGAUAAAAAGGAUCAUGCUCCUGUUACUAGUGCAGCUAGAGCGCUGAUGCUUGGACGUAGUGACCCCAAUAAAGAAGUUACGAGCCGCGAUAAACUUGGCCAGCUCGCCGCUGCAAUGCUCCUCGCCGAGGAGACCCCACUUCAAGCGGCAUCUGCUGGUGAUGUUCAUACUGAUUGGUACUUCAUGGCGAAGGAGUCGGAAGUGGCGACAUUUGUAGACGACGGAACUGAAACUCGUACUCGGCGCGCUUACCGGAUCACCAUGCAGAUUACAGCAGGUAGCACUAGUAUAACGGACGACAGAGGACACGACCGAGAGCUCCGGAUUCUGCGGGGCAAUGUUAUUCUUGUUGAUGGCGAACCCACUGGCAACCCCCUACAAGCGCCUCAGAGCUUCCUCAAAUUCACGAUGACAACAAAACGAGAAGUUAAAGUUUUAGAGGACGCCUCCAAAUCAAGUCCUCUUCCUCUAGGCAGCUACAUGUGCCACUACUUCUACGAGUUCGUAGUGCACGAAUUUCCGCAGUCUUCAGGCACGACGAGGGAGAUAUUGCAGACCACUUUUAGUACUCGCGAAUUCAAAUCCUCCAUAGUAGAUGACAUCAUCCAGGGGUUUAGAGGCUACUUGGACGGAACAUCAAGGAGCCUCGUUUAUUCAUUGACGGAUCCCGAUCGCGCGGCACUGUCGACGCCGAACUCUUACGAUCAAAUUGAGAGUAGCAAGCAACUUGGCCAGCUCGCCGCUGCAAAGAGCGUGUUCGACGAACCCACAGCCACACCUAAACAGGUUACGUGUUCCUCAGGCUGGAACAUCAAGGACUUCACCGGAGUGACGCACGCGUACGAAGUCUGCAUUGCUGACCCCGAACCCCAGAAGCCGCGACUGGUCUCUAUAUACCAUGUCCAAGCCGACGUCCCUGCGGACAAGAAGAAGUCGCCGUUCCUCCGUUUCCGGAUGACAAAAGAGGUGCACCCAAUUGUUGGAGCUAGUAACCCGUAUUAUAGACAACUCAUCAAGAAGUACGUGUACCAAGUUUUUAAUGUCGGCGUGAGAGGAGAGGGUUUUGAACUUACCUUUGUUCCUCCUGAUGCAGUGACAAGUGUCUCUGAGAUCAUUUACGGAUUCCUUGACCACAUCAUGUUGAACAUGUUCCCCGCCGAGAAGAAGAAGAAGAACGAUAAAGAAAUCGAAGAGACAAGUCUACCACUUACCGAUGGUAACAUGUUUGGGACGGACAUUAGCAGUGCAGCUGCGACAUCUUUUAGACCUCGUGUCGGCAAUGGCAAGAAAGAGGACCCGGAUUAUCUUGAGUGGAAGAUCCAUACUAGAAUUGGCGGCGAACGUUUUUCGGCCGUUUUUACACCAGCAGCUAGUACACCUGUCACCUACGACACUGAGGAGGAGAAGCGGGAGCGCGAAUUCGACACAGGAUCCAUCGAGGUACUUCGAGGUCGCGAAGCUCUCUUUGCGUUCACCAGCAGCGUCGAAGAGGAGACCAUUCUUCAUAACGAGAGCAACAAGCAGCUUUAUUGUCAGAUUAGCCGGAGCUUUAGAAUCAUCAGCAGAAGUACUAAAAUGCCAAACCAGUUGACCAUUGACUUGAUCAAGGGAAUCUCCAUCACAAACACAGUAGAAGUGUUAGGAGGUCUACGAAUGACCGAGGGACAACGAUGUAGAAUGCAGGCCAUGCAGAACAUGUUUCCCCGUUCGCAAUUGUCGUUAACGUUAUUUGUUGCCGCCUUUUCACAGUACAUGGACUACAUAGCAGGUGGACGCGAGCCGACAUCGCAGAGCCAGGUCCUCGCAGCUAUUGGUUAUGAUAGAAGAGUUGAUACCGAGUGCAAAAAGGACGGGGGGAUCUUCUUCUGUAGCAACGACAAGAUGCUGGACUUCGUACAAAACUACGACCUCAACGACGCAUCACUGGUGAGUAAGCACGGCGGGAUCUCGGAGGGGACAGUAAUUCUUAGAAUGGAUACGGUGGAGAGGCUGUCACUCGAAUAUUUUCACGAAGAAAGAUGGCACCAAAAGAACAUCGUGCGCGUCUAUGUGACUGCCUUCAAGUGGCAUUCUAAGGAAGCUUAUCGACUCGAGCAUGAAUUACUAGCCUUCGAUGUGCACUACACAACAGCAUCUCUCUCGUACUCGGUGUCCGAGAAGAAGUUGGAAGGCGACGUCGUCGGCAAGCAAUUAUCUGAUUGGCAGUGGGAGACGCUUGGACUUGGAGCAGAGGGGGGUCUCGGAACAGCGAGGGAGAGAACGAUUGCCAUGACCGACGAGCAGAUGAACACGUGGAAAGAAAAGGUCGAACAAAGCAACAUGAAGGGCCUCUACAGAUAUUCCCUUGCUGGCCAGAAGAGUGCCACGCCUCUCGCACUUACGAAAGAUCUUCUUAAGGAAGUAGCAGGAAUCGCACUCAGUGAUGAAGAGUGGGAGGCAACGGACAAGAGGUACAAGGAGGAGGUGGGGGGGGAGGAACGUAGCUUCACACAAACGAGGACAACACCUUCACCUUCACGACUAGUAGCGCAAAACAACAUCAACCACAUCUCUUCCUACUCACACAAUUGGCUAUCUUCCGCUUACGAGAAUUAUCCGCUCCACAUCUCCUCCUACUCACACCGUUUUCUAUCUUCCGCCUACAACAGUCCAGCGUGGUUGGUCCUCCUCGGUUUUGGUGUGAUCAUCAUACUUCUUGCGGGUUUCGUGUUCCUCUCGAAGUGCGCGCGUCAAACUGCAUCCCAACUGUUUCGCUACGAGCAGACGCGCGAUCGCGAACAGUCGCACAGUGCAUCCAGCAACGAGGCCAUUUAUGGGGCCUUGGAGCGAGGUGAAGCAUCUUCAGACCCCAACGUGAAGGAGGAAAAGAUCAAGAUGGAGCGAGGUGUUGCAUCAUCACCAGACGUGAAGGAGGAGAAAAUCAAGAUUGAGCGAGGUGAAGCAUCUUCAGACGUGAAGGAGGAGAAGAUCAAGAUUGAGCGAGGUGAAGCAUCUUCAGACGUGAAGGAGGAGAAGAUCAAGAUGUCGGACUUAAAUGA